AUGAACCCACACAGCCGCUACUCGCUCGGCAAGGGCGCCUCCACCGAGCACAUGAUGCGUCUGGCUCAACAGGGCAACGCGGGCCACGACAACACAAUUCGAAGCCCUUCCAUCGGCGGCACGACCGCCAUGCCCAGCGCGACUGGUUCGCGCAACCUUCGUCCUAGCUCGGAAAUGCUUCCCAACAUGAGCCACCACGGCAACCCCGAAACCGAAGCUAUCGAUCGCUGGUUCGAAGAUCUGCAACACUACGAAGCUACGCUCGAGGAGAUGGCCGCCGCCUCGCUCGAUCAGAACUUCAAAGAGGAGCUCAGCGCCAUUGAACAGUGGUUCCGCGUUCUGUCCGAGGCCGAACGCACCGCCGCCCUCUACAGCUUGCUUCAGGAGUCCACGCAGGUCCAGAUUCGCUUCUUCAUCACUGUGCUCCAGCAGAUGGCACGCAGCGACCCUGUCUCGGCGCUCCUCUCGCCCAACCACCACAACAGUACCAUGGCCGAUCAGAUGGAGGCCAAGCUGGCCAGCCUCGGUCUCAAGUCUCCCAGUAGCGGUGCCAAGGCUCCCGCUGCGCCCGCCAACCGCGGCUAUCGACAAUCCACCGACGCUGCGGGCUUCCUCUCGCCCAACGUGGCUGCCAUGUACAGCUCUGGCAAUGGAGACGCCGCUUCCACGCUGGCGGCUCAGCGAGCCAAGCUCAAGGCCAACCGCACCUCGGCUCCUGGCACGCUCAUUGGCGAGAGCCGCAACUACUCUGGUGGCCAGCUGGACCAGGUGCAGGAGCGCGGUGGAUCGCCCAACCCACAGCAGCAACAACAGCGCAUGCCCUCGGGCGAUCUCUCGCGACCCGUAUCGAUGGACAUGAGCAACAACAACCUCGGUCGCUCUCCACGCGCCACGGGUCCGCUCGAUGACCAACUCUCGCCGAUCACUGCAACGGGCAACUGGUCAAGCAUGGUCAAUACGCCGCUGGUGCCCAUGUUUAGUGACCGUGACAAGGCUGGUACCGGCGAUGCCAACAUCGACCUCGAGACGGCCGCCGCUCAACUGGCCAACUUGCAGCAGCAGCAGCAGCAGCAACUUCGCGGCAACGGUGGCGUCGUAAUGGAUCCCGACGCGCCUCGCUACCGUCGUAGAAGCAACCAGAACACCGGACCGGGCGGGUACGGUCCGGGUUCCAACAUGUUCGAUGCGUCGAGUCCCGGUGUCUCACCCAACAUUGGCAUGCAGUCUGGCUGGGGUCAGAACGACAACUUUGGACGUGGUGGCCUCAACGCAGGCUCGUCUGCUUUCGGCGGCAACAACAGCAGCAGCAACAACCAAUUCAACCCGCCGAUGAGUCCCAACUCGCUCGCAGGCCUUCAAAACCCUUCUGGCAACCUGGCCAACCCGCUCAACAUGCAAAUGAUGAACAUGAUGGCCGCGAUGAGCGGGCUGAACCUCAACACGAUGAAUGGUGCUCAGCUGCUGGCCAUGCAGCAGCAACUCUUGCAAAACCAGCAGACGCUUUCUGUGCUUGCUCAGCAGCAACAAUUGCAACAGCAGCAGCAGCAACAUGGCCGCAACCUUCGCGCGUUUGGCGGUGGAGCGCUGUCGCCUGGCGUGGGAGGGCAGGGAGGCCGAAAGAGCCCGCGGAGCGGCACCUCACCGUCUGGACGGGCCCCUUCGCUGCCUGGCGCGUCUGCUGCUGGCGGCGGUGCUGGUGCUGGCGCCAACGCGGUUGGAGGCGAAGAAGAGAUUGCGGAUCUGGCAACGCUCAACGACGUGGCGGCUUGGCUACGCCAACUGCGCCUGCACAAGUAUACCCCCAACUUUGAGACGAGCCACUGGAAGGAGAUGGUGCUGAUGGACGACAAGCAGCUGGAGGAUAAGGGAGUGGCGGCGCUGGGCGCGCGACGCAAGAUGCUCAAGACGUUUGAGCUGGUGCGCAAAAAGUAUGGUAUCAAGAUGGAUGGCGAGGACGAGCCAGGCUCGGGCAUCCCGGGUAGCCAUAACGAUGGCGAUGAUGCAGAAGGCGAUGCUCAUGAGUAG